AUGGUUAGCACCAGCCGAGGUAUGUGAUUUAGUAUUGGGUAGUUGUUUUAGACACUAUUUAGAGUGCUUAAAUCAAAAAACCAGCCGAUUCUUCUACCAGUUACGGCCCCGUAUCGCUUUUGAAUUAAACUCUAUAAGCAACAAAAAACCAUUAGGAUUGCCUCUUUAUGGGCAACAUAACAUACAAACAAUUAUCUGCAGUAAACACAAAAAUCCGGUUCUUUUUUAGGGUUGUUUACAUGAGAAGACCACAGUAUAAUUUAUAAAAUAUAAUACGAAUUUAACUACAUUUAUCUAACUGUACAAAAUUAAACAAAGUCUAAAAAAAAUUAUUUAAUAUAUUCUGACCAAAAGUUGUGUACCUGACAUCUUCAGCAAAGUAAUUUAUGUUUUGAAUUUCCCGCCAAAUUACCAUUGUAUUUCAAGUUUAUAAUUUUGUUAUUUUUUAACUUUUAAUCAUUUUGCUUUGGUAUACUAGUAAAAAACCUUUAAAUGAAACUUCAUUUUUUAAGUUUUAAGCGUAGCUAGCUAUAGCUUGUCUAAAUUAAAAAAGUGUUUGAAACACAAUGCCAAAUUAACAAAAUUAGCGGAAAACCCCAAUAUUUCAAAUUUAAAACUCAAAAACGCAAACUAAAAAUUUGUACGUACUAUUGGCGGUACAAGAAAAUCAUAUAAAACUUUGGAGUUGACUCUGAACGGGAUAGAAUGGAUACUUUCCCUGUUAAUUAAUUACAAAUCUUAUUAUUAAGUUAUCACCAGGGCCGGAUGGGCACUUUUGUUCUGGGGGUCAAAUAAAUUCACAAGGGAGGACGUUCAACUUUUUGAAUUUUUUUUCGGGAGGGGGGAAGGGUUUCCCACUGCCUGUGCAGCAGACAACAACAAUAAUACUGAAUGCUGUAAGGCCAAGGGUGUAGCCGAAGAGUGUAUGAGCUUCUGCAAAGGAGACGUGCCCACUUGUGAUCUACAGAGCAUCUUCUCGUAUCAGCCGUGCUUAAAGAGUAUGAAGGCAAUCACUCAAUGUCAGGUCGAGAACCUGAGUGCUGAAGCUAGGUUCGACCCUGAUUGGCAGGCUCCUUGUGAGUGGGAGUGA